AUUAAAAAAAAUUAGAAAAACACAACGUCUAAACAGCUGGACUCUUGUACGAAGUUCGAACGUUUUUUAAACCUCUAAAAGUUUCAUUUAACUUUUCUUUAUUGAGUGUUCAAAGACAGUUUAUAGUAGUUGUAGGCUAUCACUUUUUUUAAGUCGAGCGUGUAAAGUUGUCCAAUAUGUUGGGAAUUUUUUCAAAGUGUACCUUGCCUAAAAAAGCAGGUUCGCAUACCAUUCGCCAGCUGUCGUCGGUCAAUUUCGAUAUCCAACAUAAGCAUCCCCAGGCCCGAAGACCAGUCGGGUUGCCCAGAGCCAGAUAUGGAGGUAGGAAUGCAGUCACUAUGUUGCCGGGUGGAGGUAUUGGACCAGAGCUAAUGAGUUAUGUUAAAGAAGUCUUUUUACAUGGUGGUGUACCAGUCGAUUUUGAGACAAUUCAAAUUGAUCCUCAGAGUGAUAAUAAUGAUGAUUUGCAAUAUGCCAUUAUGUCAAUUCGUAGAAAUGGUGUAUGCAUUAAAGGUAACAUUGAAACGCGCAGUCUCGAUACUGCUAUAAUAUCACGUAAUGUGGCCAUACGUAACGAACUCGAUUUAUUUGUAAAUGUCAUAAAUGUGCAGUCAUACAAUAACAUACCAAGUCGCCACAAGAAUGUUAAUUGUAUUGUUAUACGUCAAAAUACUGAAGGUGAAUAUGCAAUGUUAGAACAUGAAAGUGUCGAAGGUGUAGUCGAAUCCAUGAAAGUUAUCACUAAAGAGAAUUCUACAAGAUUGGCUCGUUACGCAUUUGAAUUAGCAAAAAACAAUGGUCGCAGUAAAGUCACAGCAGUCCACAAAGCCAACAUUAUGAAAUUAUCAGAUGGGUUAUUUUUGGAAACUUGCAAAAAUAUGUCAUUAAAUUACCCAGAUAUCAAGUUUGAACACAUGAUUAUCGAUAACUGUUGCAUGCAGUUGGUGUCUAAUCCCCAUCAGUUUGAUGUGAUGGUUAUGCCCAACUUGUAUGGUUCAAUUGUGUCAAAUGUAAUAUGCGGCCUUGUUGGUGGUGCCGGCCUAAUAUCUGGAAGAAACUAUGGUGAUCAUUAUGCAGUUUUUGAACCAGGUACCAGAAACACUGGUUCAUCUAUUGCAGGUACCAACACUGCAAAUCCAGUAGCAAUGUUAAGCGCAUCUGCUGAUAUGUUAGAACAUUUGGGUCACAAAGUGCAUUGCGAUAUGAUCAGAACUGCUAUAUCUAAGACUCUCAAUGAAGACAUGGUACAUACAGCUGAUUUAAAUGGUACCGCCAAAAGUACUGAUGUUGUACAUAAUGUUAUUAAACAUGUGAAAAGCAUUGCGGGUAGAAUUUAAUAACUGUUUGUGUUGAACUAUUAUGUGAGACAUUUUAAAUUAUUAUUGUUUUUGAAGAUAAAUAUUGAGAAAAUACAUUUUUACCCAACAUCCUAUACACACAUUUUCUCUAGUAUUAUUAUACGAGUCAUUAAAUAAUAUGUUAUUCAUAAUUUAUUUAUGUGUUUUUAUUAUUUAAUUUAACUAAGGCUAUCAAAAAAUAGAUUUAUAUUAGUGUAGGUGUGCAUGAGUGUAUUGUGCAUCAUAUUACAUUUAUGGUAUAGUACAAUAUUUUUUUGAUUUUAAUAAAUGUAACAAUACCUACAAUAAUUAUUUAGAUUUUAAUAAAUGUAACAAUUCAUUAAUUGUUAAGAUUUUAAUAAAUGUUACAAUACAAUAAUAUUGUUUUGAUUUUGAUAAAUGUAACAAUAUAAUAAUUGGCUAUUCAGUA